UCUUCGUCAACAGCUGUUAGAGUUUUUGAUUUAAUGCUCCCGCGUGUUUUGCACACAAUUCGGAAACAGCUUUAUAUAUUUAAUCCUACAAGAUAUAUAGUAAAAAUGAGCGCAGAGGAAGCAACACCCCCAAAACGCAGUAUGCCAGCGGUUAUUGGGACGCACUCAGGAACCUUUCACUGUGAUGAGGUUGUAGCUUGUUUUAUGCUCAAACAAUUGCCCGAAUAUGAAAAUGCUGAAAUAUUCCGUAGCCGAGACGAUAAAGCACUACGAGAAAAAUGCGACAUAAUUGUGGAUGUAGGCGGAGAGUUUGAUCAUGCCAAGAAAUGGUACGAUCAUCAUCAAUUGUCGUUUACAGAUACAUUCAACAGUGUGCGACCGGAGUUCAAAGAGGAAUUCAGUAUUAGACUAAGCAGCGCGGGCCUAAUAUACUGUUUCUACGGCGAGCGUGUAAUCCAAAGUAUUUUGCAGCGGGAACGUAAGAUCCAAUUGUCGCCUGAAAACCUAAGGAUGGCAUUUGUACAAAUCUAUCGCAAUUUCAUAAGUGAAUUGGAUGCCAUUGACAAUGGAGUGCCUAUGUUCGAGGGUGGCGAGCCACGCUAUAAGAUAUCGACUCAUUUAUCAGCACGCAUUGGCAAACUAAACCCAUCUUGGCAGGAAAAAAAUGUUGAUGUUGAUGAGCGCUUUCAUCAAGCCAUGUCCUUGGCGGGUAAUGAGUUUGUCGAAAACGUAUUGGAGGUUGUGUGCUCCUGGAUAGCAGCGCGCGAUCAUGUUCGCCAUGCAUUAGAGCAGGCUAAAACUGUACAUGCUAGUGGAGAAAUUCUGUUGCUAGAACAGUUUUGUCCGUGGAAAGCACAUUUAGCGGAUUUGGAAAAGGAGCUAAAGCUGGAGGGUGUACCCAAGUUGGUCAUAUUCAAUGAUGGCACCAGUUGGCGUGUGGCUGGGGUGCCUAUAACGCCAAGCAGUUUCUUGGGACGCAAGUUUCUGCCCACGCCCUGGCGUGGAUUGCGAGAUGAGGAACUAAGUCAAAAGGCAAACAUAAAAGACUUGGUUUUUGUUCACCACACUGGCUUCAUAGGUGGUGCCAAAACAAAAGAGGCUGCUAUGGCCAUGGCGCAAAAAAGCAUGGAAUAUGCUGAUGAAUAAGCGUAGUCCUUACACAUUCAAUAAAUUCCAGCUAUACUGAUCCUA